AUGCCGCAAACAUCUCGCUUGCAAGACAAAGUAGCCAUCGUCACCGGAUCCUCAUCCGGCCUAGGACGAGCGAUUGCUAUUCGCUAUGCCCAAGAGGGAGCAAAAGUAGUCUGCGCUGACCUGACACCAACUGCCCGAUCCCAAGAGGAGUCUAAUAUCACAACGCACGAUCUCAUCGUCAGGGAUGGUGGUCAGGCGAAAUUCGUGAAGACGGAUGUAGGGGAUGCAAAGCAGAUGGAGAACUUGGUCCAGGUCGCUGUGAAAGAAUAUGGACGAGUGGACAUUCUAGUCAAUAAUGCUGGGAUCAGCAUUGAGGCACGCACGCCUGCUGUGCUACAUCUGACCGACGAGACAACCUGGGACAUGACGAUGCGUGUUAACACUAAGUCUGUGUUUCUGGGUUGCAAAUAUGCUCUUAGUCAAAUGCUGGCUCAAGAACCUCAUUCUUCUGGGGACCGUGGCUGGAUCAUCAACAUUUCUUCAAUUAUGGGUAUGAUUGGUGGGCCGGAGAAUCCGUCGUACUGUGCAUCAAAGGGUGCUGUGAGUAAUCUCACGAGACAGAUGGCGCUGGAUUAUGCCUCUGAUAACAUUCAUAUUAAUGCUAUUUGUCCUGGCUACACCCAAACAGCUAUAUUCAAAGAGACAAUUACUAACUUGACUCCUUGGGAAGACCUAAAACGGCGCCAUCCAUUGAAAGGACCUGGAACACCGGAGGAUAUUGCUCGUAUAGCUGUUGUGUUGGCAAGUGAUGACGCAAACUGGAUGACUGGAGUUUGUCUUCCAGUUGAUGGCGGGUAUACUGCUCGUUAA